AUGUUAAGAUCUUGUAUUGCUAGAAGAAGUGUAGUCACUCCGGUCUCCAAACGGUUUUUGUCUAUCAACGAGUUUAGAUCAGCUCAGCUAUUGAACGAGUAUGGAGUCAACACUCCUGCUGGUGCUGUAGCCUGGACUCCUCAACAGGCUUCCCAAGUCUCAGCUUCCUUGUUUGACAAGUUGGGCCGUGAUGCCCAAUUGGUGGUCAAGGCUCAAGCUCUCACAGGUGGUAGAGGUAAAGGCCAUUUCGACAAUGGCUUCCCUACCGGUAUCCAAAUGGUCGACUCUCAACAACAAGCUACUGAAACUGCCUCUCAAAUGUUGGGUCAUAGACUGAUCACUAAACAGAGUGGUGAGAAGGGGAAACUGGUCAACGCCGUUUAUAUCGUAGAACGUAAGAAGGUCUUGCGUGAAGCUUAUCUUUCCAUCCUGAUGGACAGAGCUGAACGUAAACCAUUGAUCAUCGUCUGCGAAGAAGGUGGUAUGAAUAUCGAAGAAGUUGCUGAAAGAUCCCCUGAAAAGAUUAAGAAAUUCCACAUCGACCCUUCUAAAGGUGUCACUGACGAAAUCGCAACUGGCGUCGCAAAAGGUUUGGGUUUCUCCCAAGAGGUAUUGGAAGACGCCAAGGACCAAGUCAAGAGAUUGUACAAGAUCUACGACAACACCGAUGCAACCCAGAUCGAAAUCAACCCGCUAAGUGAAGUGGAAACUGCAGAAUCAAAACACGGUGUCAUGUGUAUGGAUGCUAAAUUCGGUUUCGAUGAUAAUGCAUCUUACAGACAAGAGAGAAUUUAUUCUUGGAGAAACGACGUCGAAGAAUCCCCAGAAGAAAAAUUCUCUACCGAAGCCAAACGUGAUUAUGACUUGAACUUCGUCAAAUUGAAUGGUAACAUCGGCUGUUUGGUCAAUGGUGCUGGUUUAGCCAUGGCCACAAUGGAUGUCAUUCAAUUAUACGGAGGUAAGCCUGCCAACUUCUUAGACUGUGGUGGUGGUGCCACUCCACAGACCAUUAAGAAGGCAUUCGAAUUAAUCGUAGACUCUUCAAAGACUAGUGCCACCCCAUUAGACGCUAUCUUUGUCAAUAUCUUUGGUGGUAUCGUUAGAUGCGACUUCGUCGCUCAAGGUAUUGUCGAUGCCAUUAAAGAUUUGAACUUGAAAGACCUACCUAUUGUUGUCAGAUUGCAAGGUACCAAUCUAGACGAGGGUAGAGAAAUUGUCAAGUCUUCAGGUGUCAACAUCUUGGCAUUCGAUGAAUUGGAUCCUGCUGCCGAAAAAGUCGUUGAAGUCGCAAACUCCAGAGCUUGA